UUAAUGUCAGUUCAUAAACAACGUCAUUAACAAAAUUUUUAUAAAAUAUAUAAAUCAGGAAAGAAGAAUAAUAAAUGGAUAUAAAUUUUUAAUAUCAUCAAGUAGUAGUAAAAACAAAUAGAUAUUAAAUUACAUAAGAUAAUUAUCUUAAUGCAAGAUAAAGUAUAAGUAUAGCAUAAGAUAUAAAGUAUAGGAUAAGAUAUAUCAUCAUUCACCAUAUGUACAACGAGUUCGAACAUUAGACGAGUUUUAAAGAAUAAUUAGCAGAGGAAGUCGCUAUGCCUACAACGAAAGAUCAAGUUCAUGAAUUCAUUGGAUCUCACAGCAUUGUGAUUUUUUCUAAGACCACUUGUCCAUAUUGCAAAAUGGCUAAACAGGUCUUUGAUAAAAUGAAUAAAAAAUACCUGGCUAUUGAAUUGAAUGAAAGGGACGAUGGAGAUGAAAUCCAAUCUAUAUUGGGAGAAAUGACUGGAGCUAGAACAGUACCCAGGGUGUUUGUGAAUGGAGUGUGCUUGGGUGGUGGAACAGAUGUAAAAAAAUUGUAUGAGAAUGGAGAACUACAAAAAAUGUUUUAAUAUAUUAACUCAUACUAUCCAAUUCUACAUUACCUGAAAUAUUUAUGAUUCCGCUUUUUAAAUUCUGUAUUGUUGAUUUUUCUUUUCGAAUUAAUAAAGGCUAUUAUUUACAUGGUAAAGAA